ACAAAAAUUUUCAUUCAAUCAGUCAGUAACCGAACUUCGCCGAGUUUGUUUAUUUUACGAAUUUAAUUUCUUUCGAAAAGAAAGUAAAUAGGGAAUAAUAUGUCUUCACCGACAGAAGAAAGCGUACGGCGCAACAGCGAAAGCGAAGGUGGCGAAGCUGAGACGCCGGAACAUGAUCCUCACUUUGAUCCCAUCGUGUCGUUACCUCUUGUGGACGUCCACACGAAUGAAGAGGAAGAGGAGGAACUCGUGAAGAUUCGCGCCAGGCUUUACAGAUACGAUACUGGAGACCAUGAAUGGAAAGAAAGGGGCACGGGUGAUAUCAAAUUGCUUCGUCACAAAGUGAACAACACAGUCAGAGUUGUGAUGAGACGUGACAAGACUCUGAAAGUGUGUGCGAACCACUUCAUCACACCAGAUAUUAGGAUGAAUGUCCAUUGCGGUUCUGAUAAGGCCUUCAACUGGUCUGUUUUUGCUGAUUUUGCUGACGAAACCAUGAAACAGGAACUAUUGGCCAUCAAAUUUGGAAACGCUCAAAAUGCAGAACUAUGGAAGACCAAAUUUGCAGAGGCUCAAGAGAUUGUAAGAACAAAAUGCAGUAUUUACACGCAGGACCUGUCUUCAGAUGACGAGAGCAGCAUCACAAGAAGCGAGGACACUGACUCUCCGGAGCCCAAGCCUAAGACUUUGGAAAUAGAUGCCAAAAAUGACAAAGAAGAAGUUGAUUCUGAUGGCGUAGUCUUAAAAUUGAAGGAGCUGAAGGUAGAAAGUGCGGAAUAAAUUUCAUUUUAAUUUUAAUGUAUUAAGAGGCCAAUAUGUAAUUUGAUGUUGUAAGACAACUAUGGAAUGACUUGUUUAUGAUUUGUAGUACGCACUGGAGAGGCUGGUAACCUAAGAAGUUUGAUUAGAUUGACUAAGUUCCGUUGUAAUGGUAAUUGCUUAUGCCUAAGGCCUACUGUCCAUGAUGCUUGAUUGCUCCUAAGCAAGCAAGUAUUUGCCAUGGACAGUAAGCCUAAUGGACUAAGUCCAGUAAAUGUAUUGAUGGCACUUAGGUUUGUCUGCUGAUAUGAGUCCAAAUCUCUGAUUUAGGCCUAAAUCAUAAUACACACUCCAAUUAGAUUUGUUUCAGCUUUACUUGCUGACUAAGCUCAUAUAUUUCAUAUGUCAAGUUCUUUCUGUAGCUCCUCUGAUAAAGGUAUCCCGAAUGAUCCCACUCUUGCUAGAUGUCUAGCUAGCAACAUUUAUGUAGGGCCCAAAAAGUAGUACUACACAUAUUAUUCCUCAUAAUGUACAAUCAUUUACCAGUCAUUCUGUGUAUUUUAAUUAUAAUGAUGCAUUUACAAUAAAUCUAUAUUUUUUUCUUUUAAUGGCUAGUGAUAAUAUUGUAUGAUUGUUUUAUUAUAUUGGACUAAUACUAAUAUUUUAACUGGCAACUCUCAUUCGAAUUUUAUUUACGCUUAAUGUAAAUAUUUUCAAUUUGUUCCAUUUUUACUGUUGGCAAUACUUUAAAAUGAUGUUUUUAGCUUGAAAAUGAAUGUUCGAUUUAGGAUUUGAUAUUCCAUAGAAGCUCGAAUAUAAUAAUAUGUAUGAUAAUAAUAAUUAAUAAUUAUUAAUGUUAGCAUCUAUAAGUAAGGUUGUGUUUUAAGUGGAGCAUUAUUAUAUUGACACUAGAGAUUGGCGAUAUUUUUAAUAAAUACCUGAGUGAAAACAAAUAUUUACUCAGUAUUUAUAGAAAACAUCGCCCAUCUAUUAAUUAAUACAUUUAGCUAUUUUCAAGUUGUUCCUUUUACUAUUUUUGUUCUAAUUAAUUAGACUGUAAUUUUCCUAUUUCUUUUAAGAUUCUCCCUUGUAUGGUAAAAUAUUGCUCCACUUGAAAUUUAUUAAUAAUUUUUACAUGUCGUCAUGAUCACUACAUAUCAAUAUCAAUCUUACUGUUGUAACUUUGUUUGUGUCGGGGGUAUAGGUUUUUUUAUAAAGGUCAUUUCAUAUUAUGUUGAUAUGAAUUGCUAACCAUGUCUUAGAUUUGCUUUCUAAUUUCUAAGUAGUGAGACAGGGUAAACUGAGGCCUUAGUAUUCGAAAAGAGGCCGCGGCCGGCGCUCUAAUUGGCCGGCUCCAACGAACCAGCCAAUCAAAGCGCUGAACGCGGUCUCAUUUCGAAUACUUUGAACGUAAAACAAAUUCAUACUAAGGCCUCUGCUUGUUUUUAGAUGAAAGUAUUCGUUCUUCGCUCAUUAAUUCGCGUAAUAUAAUUGGUAUGUAGCAAGGAAUUGAUAUGCUUUAAAUGUAAGUAGAUAGCCAAUGAAAAUUCCCAGUAUAUGGCAAUAGGAUCGCUCCUAUUAACAUAACUGAAGGAAGUAGGUGUUACAUUAAUUAUGUACACCUCUGCCUAUCCCUUGGAGGACAGGCGUAAUGUAUGUGUUAUAAAAAUAUAACGUAGAAGUUAUUUACAUGUCUAGCUAGCUUCUCAGGAACUUUGAAAACAUGAAAAUCACCUCUUAAAGUUUUUGUAAUAAAGGCGUUAUUAAGUUGUCACUGUUAAAACAGACAUGUGCCUAAUAUUUCUCUAUACUCUUGACACGUUAAAAACAUUCAUCCAUUAUAAUUAUACUCUGUAAUAGGUAAUUUUAUUUUUACAUGUAUGUAACGUCGCCAUUUUGUCGAUAGUUUCUGCGUUGUUACAUUCCAAUUUAAUAUUGUGUUGUAAUAAAAUAUAUCGCGGAAACUAUGUGACGAAAUCGGCUCGAAUUUAUAUUAUAAUUUUAUACAUUUCAAAAUCUGAAUACAUAGAUGGAUUUCAUGAA